GAAAAAAGAAGACAAAUGUGUGACGGGACAUGGAGCCACAAAUAAACAAGUGGACAUUUUUUGCCAUCAGUGUGCUGCUGCUCACUCUGUACUCCACCACUGCUGCAGCCAAUCUGAAGGAAGAGUUGGCUAAUUGUCUGGAGGACAAAGACUACGAGGAGCUGCUGCUGACAGUACAGACUGGCCUUCCUCACAUCCAUAAGUCUCAUCACGUUGUAAUUGUUGGAGCUGGAAUAGCUGGACUGACAGCUGCCAAGCUACUGGAAGAUGCAGGACACAGGGUCACCAUUAUAGAGGCUAGUCAUCGUGUGGGAGGACGGGUGGAGACCUACAGGGAUCAAAACGAUGGUUGGUAUGCUGAACUGGGUGCAAUGAGGAUACCGGACAGUCACAAAAUCGUUCGCUGGUUUAUCAAAAAAAUGGGACUCAAGCUGAACCAGUUCAGAAUGUACGACUCCAACACCUAUUACCUGGUUCAUGGACUGCGGAAGAGGACGUACGCAGUGACAGCAAACCCAGACAUCUUGAAAUAUAAACUACCGGAAAGUGAGAGGGGGGUGUCAGCUGAGCAGCUGCUGCAGAAGGCUUUGCAGAAGGUGAAAGAUGAAGUUAAGGCCCAUGGAUGUAGAGCUGCAUUCAAGAAAUAUGACCAUUAUUCAGUGAAGGAAUAUCUGAUACAGGAAGGCGGCCUAAGUGAAGAGGCAGUGAUUAUGAUUGGAGAACUGCUCAAUGAACAGAGCCUUAUGCAUCUGGCUCUGACUGAGAUGCUCUACAUCGAGAGUGACGUCAAUGACAACACUACGUAUGAUGAAAUAACUGGUGGGACAGAUCUCCUCACCACGGCUUUUCUCUCAGUUCUUGAAGGCCCCAUCCUCCUCAGCUCCACAGUCAAACGCAUUAGACAAUCGCACAAGGGUGUAACUGUGUCAUAUCAGAGCAGUGAUGAGUCCUUUUUAACAGAUAUUCAUGCUGAUGUCGUCCUGGUAACAACCACAGCCAAAGCGGCGCUCUUCCUGGAUUUCAAACCACCUCUCUCCAUGCAAAAAAUGCACGCCUUGAGGGCUGUCCACUAUGAAAGCUCCACUAAAGUCCUCCUCACCUUCAAGAGGAAGUUCUGGGAGGAUGACGGCAUCCACGGUGGAAAGAGCAUCACAGACGGGCCCUCUCGUUACAUCUACUACCCCAGCCACAGUUUCCCAAAAAAUAAGACCAUCGGCGUCCUCCUGGCUUCAUACACUUGGGCCGACGACUCCCAAUUCCUCCAAGCUGCAACUGACGAAGCCCUCAAAGAGCUGACUCUGAGAGAUCUGGCGCAGAUUCAUGGUGAGCUAGUAUGGGACCUCUGUACUGGCGUGGUGGUAAAAAGGUGGGGCAUUGAUCCAUACAGCCUAGGUGCCUUUGCUCUCUUCACACCCUACCAACACAUAGAGUACUCAAAGGAGCUCUUCAGAAGUGAAGGCAGGAUCCACUUUGCCGGGGAACACACAGCUUUCCCUCACGCUUGGAUCGAAACAUCUAUGAAAUCAGCCAUCAGAGCGGCUAGAAACAUUAACAAAGCUGCACACAAAGACUCGGCAGGAAAUCAGCAUCACCAUGAGCUCUGAGAUCUUAAAUAUGUUCUCCAUGGCAAAAAAAGAAACAUGUCAUUUCAAAAGUUUUUCUACAUCUCUAAUUGUUGCUGAUUAAUGAGUUCACUGUGACAUAUCUUCCACCAUACAACUCUAAUCUGAAUUAAACUGGGCUAUGUUGCAUUAUGUUAAACGCCUACAACACACUUUACCAAUAAAUGCCUCGAUAUAAUGAUUGGACAUAUUCCUAAAAACUCUAUGUUGCUGUUAGUUAUUUAUAUAAUUAAUCUGGUGCUCAGUGGAAACAAUUAUUUAUUUUAUUACUUUUUACUUUACUGUUUUUUCUGAUCAUGUCGGGUGCUGUUGAAUUCUUAAUAAAAACAAUUUUAUUACACAGAGUCAGAAUGCCUUUAUGGUCACUGG